GCAGAGGAAUACUUUCUGGAGGCUGCCAAACACACGCAAAAUGUCGGGCCAUUGGAAAAGCUUGCAGAGGCGCGUGAUAAGUCUGGAAAUGUAUCAGGGGCUAUUGAUGCCAUGAAAGCUGCUCUCAGCCUCAGUCCGGAUGACCCAGAUUUGCUUGUCAAAUUGGCUUUCCUUUACAUCCGUGCUGGAGAAGAAGGGCCGGCUUUUGAAAAUCUAGGCUCAGCCUUGUGUCUUCUGCCCACACACUUCCCUGCCCUGCUUGCGACUGGAAGCAUCAUGCUUCAGCAAGCAGACUACGAUGCGGCGUUGGCCAAGUUUCGAUUGGCACUGAAAAAUGCCCCAGAAAACGCAAGCUUAUGGAACAACAUUGGUAUGUCCCUUUUAGGGAAGCGGAAAUUUCUCGGGGCCAUAUAUUGCUUGAAUCGAGCAAUUGUUCUUGCACCUUUGGACUGGUCCAUUAGCGCCAAUCUGGGUCUUGUUUUCCUCCGUACUGAUCAACCAAUGAGUGCGUUACAGCAUAUCACGGCAUCCAUUCACCUACUGAGGAAACAAACUAAAUGCGCUGUAUCCGCCGAUAUGGGACACAUUUCUACAUCCACUAAAUUCACCCUCGGCAUGCUGUAUUCAUUGCUGGCUGUAGCGCUAACUGAGCUAAAAGAUCCAGCUGCCGCUGAAGAGGCCCACUUGAUAGCUUGCAAAAACGACGAAACUCAACCUUCGGUCCCUCUGAACGCAGCCAUCGGUCUAGCAGUAACCAGUCAGGAUCAAGCAAGACAUUAUCUGGAGGAGGCAGAAAAGCGACUGCAAAAAUUGUCUGGAAGGGUUUGUAAUAUUUCCAUGGAAUCAAUCAACAUGGCUCAAUUACGGCUGACAGGUUUGCUGAAGAUACCUUGAUCGAAGCGCGUAAUGGCUUGCUUUCAAGCGCGGACGGGGAGGCUUAUAUGCUACGAAAAUCGAUUGAUUGUACAAAACCCUGCACCCAUUAACCCGUGAAAGUGUG